CUGUCUGUCUGUGUGUCGGUCUGUUCGUCGGUUUGUCUGUCUGUCGGACUGUCUGUCUGUCUGUCCAUCGGUCGGUCUGUCCGUCUGUCUUUCUGUUCUGUCUGUCUGUCCAUCCAUCCUCAUUCAUCCAUCCUCAUUCAUCCAUCCACCACACUGCAGUGACACACACUGGCAGAAAGCAGCCGCCGCCACCUCGAAGACGCCAAGCCCCAACAGCUAACAGCCACACACCAAACACACAACAGUCACACAUCAUGUUUGAGUGCUGUCGCUCCCUUACCGAGGCCGCGUAUGGCGCGUCGUCGAUGUCAUACAUCGAUGACCAGUGCGUCGGGAUCGUCGUAGCGACCUCCUGAUUCAUGACACAAAUCUGCGGCGCGAUGCACUGUCAGUGAUCAUUGUACCUUGAUCACGGCCGCCGUGUGUACGAGGCAAAACAACACCGACACCGCAUCAGCUCCUGCAUCAAUGACACAAAAGUGACACUAAUCACAAGCAGUGAUGGAUCCGAACCUGUGAUGGAUGUGGUGAUGAUGGCACCUCUGCAGAGGGCCAGGCAGGCACCGACAGCCAGCUGCUGGACGACAGUGGUAUCCACAGCGUGUGAUCUGCACAGAGACAAACACACAUGACAGAAGAUGUGUGUGUAUCGACAAACAUAACAGAAGAUAUGUGUGAAUUUUUACGUCAGCGAGGCUGCAGCCCAAACGAUGAUCUUGAGCAGCAUGCUGGUGAUGGGGCCGACCGACUGCCCGAACAGCAGCGAUGCAGCAGCUGCCAGCGUCGACAGACAGACACUCACAAGUGUCAGCACCAGGAUUUUGACUCUCCACUUCGCGAAUACGGCAGGCGGCACCAUUGUGUGCGAAACAGCUGUUGAUUGACUUUGACUGGUGGAUUGUUGUUUGUUUGUCGGUCUUUCUUACGAGAUUGCCUCUUUGUCAGUAUACAAGAAUCACUCAUACACAUUGCAUCCAUACUAAUCAAGACAGAAUCGAUCGUUGCUAUGCGUCAAAUCAACACAAUGUGUCUUAUCUACUUAUUCACACGUGCACACCACUACGUCGAAAGUACCGGCCGCCUGUCAGGGCAGGCUCAGCGGACUCUUCGUGCCGUUCGAUGAACUCGCAGACGUUGGUGUGCCCGUUGCCGUGUCGUCUUUCUUCGCCGCUGUCGGUACAUCCAGCAGGGAGAUGAUCCAAUCGACGGCCAUCACCACGUAUGCGUUGAUCUCCUUGUCGCCGUCUGGCUGCAUUGCCCCGUAUCUCACCAGCAUAGCGCGGAGCGUCGUCCACGUACCUUGGGAAACGCUGACAUGGAAACAAAUAGAUGAAUCAUAGGAUGUCAGGCGCAUCUCAAACACCAGUCACGCUCAGUCCGCUCACCUUGUGAUCUGAUGCUGUGUAAUAAGUGCGAAGAGAGAGGUUGCCGUGGCGAUGAGUGCAGGGAUCUUCCACGGGAUAAGCAACAAGAUCAGGUUGGCCGACAUCAGAACAUAGCCGGGUAGGUACGCUACGAACACGCGAGCGGCCUGUUGCAUCCAUGACAAGGCCAUCGAAUGGACGCGAUGAGCUGCAUUCG